UUUAGACAUCCUGUCUUAUGUUGAGGCAUUUUCACGGGCAUCUUCACCCUCAGCAGCAGCACCAUUCUCUCACAGUCUUCUAAUUGGUGUUCUUUAUUUAAUGGUGACCGCUUAUGUCACGAGUUUCUUCUUCCCUUGCUUCUCUCUUCACCAAUUGCUUUCUAACCUCUCUUCUAACACACCAACAUUCAUCAUCCUCACACCUUAUAUUCCACACAUUUAAUACUGUAUCUUACUCUUCAUUCUCACCCUCUUCUCUUUUCCAUUUCCUCUCUCCCUUUUUCAUCAACAAAAACUCUUAUGCUUUUUCAUCCACAUGGGUUUCUCCGAGAAGGCACAAGUGGAGGGAGGCUUUGAUUCAGAUAGCAACAGAAAAUGGCUCAUCGCUGGAAUCUCGUUACGCCCGCCAUUGAAGCCUAUUUACACUGUCCCUGUCGAGAACGAACAUAAGGAAGAGGUUCACACGGAGGAGUAUUCCACCACACCAACAGCCGUCGAAUCCAAGAUCCCUACACCCUUCACGUGCCCACCUCCUCCUAGCAAGCCAAAACCUUCCUUCAAGUGCAACUAUCGUGCCGUUGUUCCAGACUUUUUCACGCCACCAGACUUGGAAACAGUCUUCACACGUCACGUAAUUGAUCCCACGCAGGAGAAAAUAUGAACGGAAAAAUUUUAAAAAUGACCACUUUCUUCUUUAGAGAUAGCUGGCUAUAGCUUCUGCUUCUGUUUUUCUGUAUCUUAGUGUUUCUCUCUCUCUCACAAUAGUGUAAGUUUUUUCCGUUUUGGUUCUGUAGCUAGAGCUUCGGUAGUUCAGAAAGUGUUUUGUA